UUGACAAAUCAAAGAGAUACGUUUAUUUUUUUAUCUUAAUUUUAAUUAAUUUAUCUUCAAUAGCAAAAGUGACCAGCUCAAUUUUCUGUGUUCAACAGAGUAAUUGUAUAACAAUAUUGUUGAAUAAUUACGCACAAAAUUUCCGAAAAAUUGGCGAAUCAUUGAUAACACAGAAGAAAUAAAAUCCGAUAUUCUGCUAUCUACUCAAAAUUUUGGGUUUUCAUUUCAAGUGUAAAAAUACAAAAAUGAAACAAAGUUCAAUGUAUCAAUUACAAGCAGUGUUUAUAAAUCUGCAAUCGUAUUUUAUAAAUUUGAUCUGGAUCAUCCUGGUGACAAAUAAGAAUUCUUCAACUACCCCUUCGAGCCUCUGCCGGGAAAUGGACUCGCGAUUCAUCUUAACGUGCAGGAUCUGCCUCUGCAGUGUCCGCAGUGUUGUAGAAAAUACAAACGAAAAACCAGUCUCUAUAAACAUCUCAAGUACGAAUGUGGAGGACAGAGGAAAUUCUCUUGUCACAUCUGCGAGACACGCUUCACGCAAAAUUUCAGUCUACAUCGGCAUCUUCGUCAAAAUCACAAUAUAUGUCGACCGUCGAAGAGACAGUAAAUUCGCUUUGCAAUUGAAGACAGGCAUUUUGAAGAUGCCGGUGGGAAUUUUUGAAAACUUCUUGAGUGAGAUUCACGGAUGGAACGUCAGAGGAUACUUGCACAACUACGGUUCAACGGAGAACGCAGAAGCAGAAGGAUCCGUUCAGGCGGUAGGCAGUAUGGAAAUAGCAGAUUUCAAACCUCUGGACAAUAAAUCGAUAACAGUUGAACCCAGCUACAAGAGACACGUCUGUAGCUACUGCAAGAAAGUCUAUCUGCUGAAGAACCUUCUGAAACGCCACAUGCAAUAUUCCUGCGAGAUGAUACCGAAGAGUGCACAAUUCGCGUGUACAUUCUGCCCCUACAAAAGCAUGUACAAAGCCAACAUGGAGAGACACGUGAGAAACGUCCACGACGCUGGUGCGAUGAAAUUCCAUUGUGAGCUCUGUAACUUUCGCAGCAACUACACGUUCUGCGUCCGUCGUCACAUGAAAACCUUCCACAACGUGAGCAGCGACGAGAAGCAGUAAUCCACGUCCUGGUCGUACAAAGCCAUGUUCGGACUCGAUGCCAGCAACGUUAUUAUCCAGCGGAACAGGACACGUGUCAGUCGUGACGUCCCAGGACGGAUGUUUCGCUGCACGGACUGUGGGAAGUCUUAUGCGGCUCAAAGGUC